AUGGAAGCAGUUCCCGCAGAAAGCAUGGAAACCUAUUAUGGUUAUGUGCGGACCCCGGCCGACGCUAUCAGGCUCUUUGAGGCUUGCCGUAUUGGUGUGUUACCGCGCGUGCAGCGUCGUUUAUCAGAGAAAGAGCGUCAGUCCAUUCGCUCCGGCUCCGUCUUUGUUUGGGAUGAGCGGGAAGCCGGCAUGCGGAGAUGGACCGACGGCAAGUCGUGGAGUGCUAGCCGAGUGUCCGGGAGCUUUCUCACGUACCGAGAGAUGGAAGGGAAACGCGGCGGUGGCUUCGGCACCGGACGCCGCGGCGGUAAAGAUGGGCGCCUAACUGAUGAGGAGGCGGAAGACGGCGAACCUGAGGGCUACCGUUACAAGACCGAUGGCCUCAUGAAGCAGUCAUUCAGCAUCACCACGUCAGGCGGCGCUCAUCUUCAUCUCAUCUCAUACUUCUCUCGCCAUGCGCCGGACUUGCUGCAGCCCGGUUCUGAUCCGAAAUUGAUGGGGGUUUCUCCUUCACGUGAACUAUAUCCUGAGACCAGCAUGGGUGAGGCCAAUCAGACGCCUGCCUUGACGAGGACACCAAUGCAGCAAGGUUAUGUGGUAGCCCAUCAUCGGCCGUACGCGCCUCAGUAUUCGCAGUCUCACCACUGGCCACUUUCCCCGACCACGACACCGCCAUUCAAUGCCUAUUCUGCUCAGUCCUACCCCCCUGCCGGUUCGGCUGCUCACUAUCAGCAGCCUCAACCCAGCUACGCUCCCCAACCACACGCACAACCACACGCACAACCACACUACUCCUACCCUCGAUACUAUGAAGCUCAUUCGCUGCCUCCACUGCGGCGCAGCCCACCGGCGCCGAAGAUGGCCUCACUGCCGUCGCACGCCUUCCCCGGUCGCUUGUCCCCGCCUCACGAGCCCCUGCCUUUUAGAGAGCCGAGGGAGGCCCCGCCCGCGCUUGCGGCCAUCGACCACCACCGCGGCUCGCUGAGCAGAGGGCCGCUGCCCAGCCUCAGCGUCGUUGUUUCUGGUGGCGGCGCUCCCCAGGUUGGCGCUGGCACGCCGCCGACGCGCCACGCCAGCGUCAGCCCCCCGCGCACCGCUAACCCGGAGCUUCCGAGCAUGGGGGGACAGCGGCCCAGCCUGUCGUCGAUCCUGCACCACACUCCGGCCAGCAGCGAGUCCGGCGGCGCUAGCGGGCACAACAGUCCUAGGAGAGGCAGUGUCAUGAGCGUCGAUAAGCUCGUCAGUUCCGACAGCGAGAGUUACCGGACUGUUCGGAUGCUUGACCGUAAGUUUUGCAUCUGA